UGUUUUCUCCAUUGCCCCCGCUCCAACCUUUACCACCCGCUGCUGCUGCUACCACCACCACCACCAUCAUGACAAACCGUGUGACUGAGUGACACCCCAUCCCCACCCCCCACUGACCACAGCUCCCCUCUGCACAGCUGGGUUCGGACUUCCGCCUUCUGGUUGCCCCUCCUCUGCCGCUGGAGGAAGGGAAGUAAGAGAAACUCAGCCUCCAGUCCUUCCCUGCCUCAGAAGUUGAGCCUCAGCCUUCAUGGCGCCUCAGCCUUUAACGCUUCUCUCUCAGCUCAGUUGAGGAUGCCGGAGGACCAGAAAAGAAGGUGCCUCUUCGUGCUCCCAGGGAAGGUGCCUUGUGUGAUCUAUUUGAGGUUGCCUGUACCUUAAGACUGGGGAAAUGGAGUGACUCUGGAUCCAGGAAGCCCAGGUGGUUGGCCAUACGGAAGGGGAGGUGUGUCUUUGUUGGCUAUUCUCUUGGGAUUGGAAAGUUCACAGUGCCUGGUUGACUGGUGAAGGUGGGGGGUGGAAGUGCUGGAGAGGGAGGCCAGAACAGGUCACAGCAUGAGAGGAGAAGGGAGGGUGGCCGAGCUAUGAGGCAGAGCAGAUCAGGACACGAUGGGACAUGUGAACCAGGGUGGGGAGACCUGGGCAAGAUGCCUCAUGGGACAGGGGAUACCUGGCACAUGAACCUACAACGUACCCCAGAUGAUGGGAAACAGGGCCAUCCCACGUCUGUGCAGCGGUGUACAUGCAGAAGUACAGUGAUACCAGAUGCCCAUACACAGCACCCUCACCAAGACUCUCAAGGUCAUGUAAUAAAGAAACGGCUCACUGGCUUCUGGGAGGGGACUAAGGAGGAACAAAGGCAGUGAACUGAAAGGGCAGAAAUUCCUCCCUAGACAGGCUUUCCUGAAGGCCAGUCGGCUGUAUCAUUAGUCUCCUAGGACAGACGUGGCCAGCCGAGACCUCGCUUGCUCUUUAAGAUCUAGGUGUUCACAGCAAGACUAGGCUAAAGGAAGGGGCGGGUGGAGGCCUUGUUUGUGAAAAUGAAAAACCACCAUUUCCUCUUUGGAGUCACUUUAAAUGCCCCUCCCCUCCUACCCUAAACCCAGCGCUAGAGUGUGUAGCAGCUGUGCAGUUGACUUAUUCUUGCCACCAUGCUUUGGCCCCUUCAGCCCCCUUCCCCUCCUGCCUGGGCUCUGUAACCCCUUGGUGUCUUUGUGGGUCUGUUCUUUCUUUGCGAGUCGAACUGUGAGAUCCUUAUGUCUGGAGAGGGUUAGUCCUGGGGUACAGGGCUAGGACCUGUCAGGGCGAAUUGGGGAGCUGUGGACAUCACUCGGGGGUUUUCAGAGAGGGUAGAGCGCAGUCAUUCACCUCCUCUCUCUGGGCUUUCCUAAUUCAGGGUUCCAAGUCUGAGGAAGACAGCCUUGUGCCCAACUGCUCUGACCUGGUUCGUCUCAGGUCUGAGACGACAGCCUUCUCAGAUCAUCUGCAGGUCCCAAGGACUCCACUUGUUCCAGGGCGGCCCAGCUGAGUGACCCCAGGCUGAGGUGACCCUGAGGGGAGUGACGAGUGGGCAGCCAACGCACCUGAGCUAGAGCCCUGUGGGGCCUCAGGCAGAGGCGUGAAACUGGACCCAUCCGGGAACAUGAGUGAAUUCUGGCACAAACUGGGCUGCUGUGUGGUAGAGAAACCCCAACCGAAAAAGAAGAGGAGACGGAUUGACCGAACUAUGAUUGGGGAACCGAUGAAUUUUGUCCACCUGACUCACAUUGGCUCUGGGGAGAUGGGAGCUGGAGAUGGACUUGCCAUGACAGGUGCCGUUCAGGAGCAAAUGAGAUCCAAGGGAAACCGAGACAGGCCGUGGAGCAAUUCAAGGGGCUUGUAGCUCCAAUAGAAAAGGUUCUGCCAUCUUGAACCCCCUCCCUCACACCUGUGUCCAGCCCAGGAGAUAGGCUGUCCUCUCCAGAUCCCUCUUAAAAGCAGUAGCCCCAGGACCCCUCUUUUCUAUGUCUGUUGUCUUCACAGUGCCUCAGAAGACUUGGGGGCUGGACUCCCUCAACUCCCUCUGGCGAUCGCCCCUCCUGGAGAUGGGGUCAAGGCAGCAGGACUGACCAAAUGACUACUGUUGGCCCGAGAAGCUCAGCUCAAGUCCGGGACACUCUCAGAUCUGAGAUAGGAGUUCUCUUCUCCUGAAUGAUGGUCUGGGGGCCAGCUGUUUUUAAACGCUUAACCUGGAACUCCUUAAAUGGGGUGGAGGUGGGUGGGUGAGACUACUACUACCAAAGCUGAAGCUGGCUUUGCUGAGAAGCGCCCCACCACCUGCUCGUCCUCUCUCGCCUCCUCCAAUGAACGGAAACAGAUACCAGGCAGAGGCUGAGAGGGGGACCACUGUAAAAUCCACACCUUUUCUUUAGCUGUCAGACCUUAACCAGUGUCUCCCUGCCUCACUCUCUCUCUGCCAGUACCAGCGUCUUUCUCUAGUUCCCCCUCUAGCCUUGUAUUUUUGUAGCAUUACUAUAACACCUCAGCAACUUUCCUACUUUUCAAUUAGGGAAUUAAUUUAAGAUGUGUUUUCUUAAUUCGCCCAUGCUACUACUACCUCUGUCCUUAGCCCAAACUGUUAGGAGCCUUCAUUUCUCAUUGAAUAAGAGUUAGAGAGGUGGGUCUUAGUCUGGCAACAUUCCUUUCACCCAUUCAAGUCCUGGGGACCCGUGUCUUACCGUCUGCUAACCUCCCUGCUGGCCCAGGUGAGGUGAAAAGGAGGCUGGAGAGCAACCCAGAAUUCAACAAAACUAGGCAUUCUAUCUCAGGGGUGAUCAGCAGGUUGAACACACAGACCUAUGAGUUGAGGUGUCUGCAGAUCCUCAUCAGGGGAGAGACUCUUGAGUCUAGAACAAUUCUACUCUUUUCUGGGCACUUCGGAUGUUUGGGGCUUGGUAAUUCAUUGUAGUGUCCUCUGUCCUGUGCGUGGUCCACCCUCAUGUGACAGCCAAAAAUGCCUUCCAAAAAAGUGCCCCUAGGUGAGAAUUAACAGCUCUAGAGUCACUGUUUUUUUAAGUCAUAUCCACUCCCUUAUCCAUCCUAAGGCUGAGCCAUGGACUAGCUAAGACCUCUUAGAAAGCAGGACCUACAGUGCUGCACUUAUCUUCAAAGGGUGUUUUAAUGUUAACAUGGUGUGUUACAUGUUCUUGUAUGGGUUCGAGUCUCGGUCAUGCUACACUCUUGCUCGCUGGAGGAUGGGCGCCAGGAGUAUGGAGAGACAAGAUAUGGCAGGAAUUGGCAGAGGGCAGAAGAAAAAAGCAAUAGUGCUAGACACAUCCCCCUUUAUCCUCCCCAAAUUUAUGCUCUAUUUCUGUGCCCUAGUCCUAGAACCAGACUCAGGGAGUUUUGUAUGAAAAUCAGGUCCCACUGCCCACACUGAAGAGCCUACUUUCGGUGGGAAAGCCAUGUAGAAUCGGGGUCUUAGAUUUUUUUUUUUCUAGGUGUCCUAUGUGCUAGCUUCUGCCUUGCAGGGUAAUUAGGAAGGCAGGCAGAGCAAGAUAAAUGAGCAGUUUCCUGAGGCAAGGUGGGUCUCGGAUUACCCUUGUGAUAGGAAACAUCCUGUUUUGUAGGCGUGGGGGUCAGGAAUGUGGGAACAGGAGUCCACUUUACUGAUUGUCUCCACCUUCUGUGAUUGAGGUUUUUAACUUUUGCAAAUUUCAGUGUAUUUCCUGUCAUUUUGUCUAACAUUGGUGAUGAACAUUCCCAGUUUACUCUCAAAUCCAGUCAAGAUCAUUGCUCUCAAAGUAGCCCAUCUUGUUACCCUACACUGGUCAAUGGCUCGAGCGGUCUACGAAGGGCAGGGUGUACCCUCCGCGCCUCUGCUCAGUGGGAACGUCAACCUCAUUCCAGUAGCUGUUCUUUGGACUCGGCUCUGUCCUGUGCGCGCUCUUGCCUAUAGCCACCUUCUCCGAUGUGUAUGCCACCAUCACUGCAACAAUUCCUAGGUGAUGGGAAUGGGUUUGAGUCAUAAUUUAUAUGAAAAAUCGUUGGACUUUUAAGUAAUUUUUCAAAUAAAAGGAUUUUUAAGCAAAAGA